CACAAUUUGUUGAAGUUUUGGGCAAUCGAAGAAGUUAGUAAUUUUGGCUGAGCAAAAAUCUUCAGUCACAAGAGUUUGGUUUCAGAUUCAAUCGUUUGUUGUCGAUUUGGCAGCACGACAGAGAUCCAUUUCAAUUAUAAUCGCCAAAGGAAGAAGAAGAACACUGUUGAGACUUCAACAUGGCUCCUCCAGCUAAUGCUCAGCGAUCGCCUUCUCCUUCUCAACCUUCCGGGAAAGGGGAGGUCUCAGAUUUGAAAAUGCAGCUUCGGCAGCUGGCAGGGAGCCGAGCCCCUGGGGCUGAUGAUUCAAAAAGAGAGCUAUUCAAGAAGGUUAUCUCAUACAUGACGAUUGGGAUUGAUGUGUCAUCGGUUUUUAGUGAAAUGGUUAUGUGCUCAGCGACCUCGGACAUUGUGCUAAAAAAGAUGUGUUACCUGUAUGUUGGGAACUAUGCAAAGAACAAUCCUGAUCUUGCACUUUUGACAAUAAAUUUUCUCCAGAGGGACUGUAAGGAUGAGGACCCAAUGAUUCGGGGUUUGGCUCUCAGGAGUUUGUGCUCACUUCGAGUGGCAAAUUUGGUGGAGUACUUGGUUGGACCAUUGGGUUCAGGGUUGAAGGACUCAAAUGGUUAUGUAAGGACAGUUGCUGCAAUAGGUGUCUUGAAGUUGUACCAUAUCUCUGCUUCAACUUGUGUGGAUGCCGAUUUUCCCACAUUACUUAAGCAAUUGAUGCUUAAUGACCCAGAUCCUCAGGUUGUUGCCAAUUGUUUAUCUGCCCUACAAGAGAUUUGGAGUUUGGAAGGAUCUAAAUCUGAGGAAGCAUCAAGGGACAGAGAGAUAUUGCUAAGCAAGCCAGUUAUAUAUUUCCUUUUAAAUAGGAUAAAGGAAUUCAAUGAAUGGGCUCAAUGUAUUGUUAUCGAGUUGGUUACCAAAUAUGUUCCCUCAGAUAGUAAUGAGAUAUUUGAUAUGAUGAAUCUUCUCGAAGAUAGGCUACAACAUGCUAAUGGAGCUGUUGUCUUAGCAACAAUCAAGCUGUUCCUACAAUUGACACUCUCCAUGACUGAUGUUCAUCAACAGGUGUACGAGCGCAUUAAAGCCCCUCUACUUACACUAGUGAGCUCAGGAAGUCCAGAGCAAUCUUAUGCGGUAUUAAGCCACCUGCAUCUACUAGUGAUGCGUGCACCUUAUGUAUUUUCAUCAGACUACAAACACUUCUACUGCCAGUACAAUGAACCCUUUUAUGUGAAAAAGUUGAAGCUUGAGAUGUUGACUGCUGUGGCUAACGAGAGUAAUACCUACGAAAUAGUGACUGAACUAUGUGAAUAUGCUGCAAAUGUGGAUAUUCCUAUUGCAAGGGAAUCUAUUAGGGCUGUUGGCAAAAUUGCAUUACAACAGUAUGAUGUAAAUGCUAUUGUUGAUCGGCUGCUACAGUUUUUGGAAAUGGAAAAGGAUCACGUGACUGCUGAGACUCUGGUACUUGUGAAAGAUCUUCUCCGAAAAUAUCCUCAAUGGAGUCAUGAUUGCAUAGCAGUUGUUGGGAAUAUUAGUAGCAAAAAUAUCCAGGAACCCAAAGCCAAGGCUGCACUUAUUUGGAUGUUAGGGGAGUAUGCUCAAGACAUGCAGGAUGCUCCUUACAUACUAGAGAGCCUUAUUGAGAAUUGGGAAGAGGAGCACUCUGCAGAGGUUCGCCUACAUUUACUAACAGCAGUAAUGAAAUGUUUCCUGAGAAGACCACCAGAGACCCAGAUGGCUUUGGGUGCUGCAUUGGCUGCUGGUAUAAAUGAUUUUCAUCAGGAUGUUCAUGAUAGGGCUUUGUUCUACUACAGACUUCUUCAAUACAAUGUCUCUUUGGCAGAACGUGUUGUGAAUCCUCCAAAACAAGCUGUUUCUGUUUUUGCUGAUACACAAAGUAGUGAAAUCAAAGAUCGUAUUUUUGAUGAAUUUAACAGUCUUGCUGUUGUAUAUCAGAAGCCUUCAUACAUGUUUACUGAUAAGGAACACAGAGGGCCAUUUGCUUUCUCAGAAGAACUUGGGAAUUUGUCUAUUGGGGAAGAGUCGAAUGAUAACAUAGCCUCAGCUCAGACAGUUGAGGCAAAUGACAAGGAAUUACUUUUAAGUACUUCUGAAAGUGAAGAAACCAAGGGACCAAGCAACAACGGUUCAGAAUAUAGUGCUCCACAGGCUCAAAUGGAUCUGGUAUCGUUAGAUUACAAAACUACUACAAAUGCACCUUCAGCUAGUUUCGCCAUCGAUGAUCUACUUGGUCUAGGAUUGCCAACUGAAUCAACCCCUGCUCCUCCCCCUCCCCCUCCUGCGUUAUCUCUCAAUCCUAAAGCUGUUCUGGCUGCAAACGUUUUCCAGCAGAAAUGGCGACAACUUCCAAUAUCAAUAUCACAGGAGAUCCCCAUGAAUCCACAAGGAGUGGCAGCACUAACAACUACUCAGGCCCUUAUCAGGCACAUGCAAGCCAAUUCAAUCAAUUGCAUUGCUUCAGGUGGUCAAGCCCCCAACUUCAAGUUCUUCUUCUUCGCACAGAAUGCAAACGACGAAUGCACCUAUCUGGUAGAGUGCAUAACUAAUUCAGCAUCGUGCAAAGCACAAGUAAAGAUCAAAGCCGAUGAUCAGAGUACAUCUCAGGCCUUCUUGGAAUUGUUUCAAUCAACCUUGUCCAAGUUUGGUUUAUCCUAGGCAUUCCCUGGGCUACCUCGGGUAUCCUUAGAAAUAAUCCUUGUUCAUGUUCUUUCUUGUAAUUUUAUGUUUCAGAGAGGAAUUGGAGAGUUCAACUGGAAAAAAAAAAAAAACUGAAAGAAAUUUGCUUGUAACGGCGUUUCUGAUUGGAUUACCAGAGGUUUUUGUUAAUGCAUUUUGCACUCCAUUGUGCCUCCUGACAUGUAAUUUUUGCUGCUUUGGGAUUUGAUUUGUUUCAACUUAAUUGUAUGAAUAAGGAAUAGGUCAUUUUGUGAGUGAAAUGUGUAUAUUAAUAAUUGAAUA